UGCAUGCCGUUUGGACGUCUGCGGUGCCUUCGUCCAUUCAUCUGAAAGAUCACCACUUUUGGCGGGUAUUCGCACGGACGCGAACGAACGUGACGUGACUCGGAAUGCGCGCGUGUUGUCAACGCGCGCGACUCGCCGUCACAGUGAAAUCUGUGACUCGGAACACUUGGAUUGCAGUGUUGGAUUGUUAUAUGGAAUAGUGCUCUGUGGAGUUUUUUUAAUCAACUAAUUCGGCUUGUUUCGUUUGACGAACGGUCCCGAUGAAAAUGUUCGUACGUGGUGUAGAUUAAAACUAAUAGUGAAAUAUUAAGUGUGAAAAUUAUAUUAUAUCGUGUUCUAAAACUUCUUCAAAAUUUCGUUCAGUGGUAAUAAAGGGGUUGCUGGUAUGCAUAUGUGCUAUGAGAGACCCGGAGUGGUCACCACCUUGAACGGAGGCGUCGGGUACGACAAGUGGGACCGGGGCGGGGGCGGCGGCGGCGCGGGCGGUGCGUGGGCGGGCCGCGAGCCGCGCGACGGUCGCGAGCCGCGCGCCGAGCCCCGCGAUACACGCGACCGUGACACACGCGACCGCGAGCGCGACAGGGAGCGCGAGCGGCAAGCGCGCGCGCACCAGAUGUCGCACGCGCACGCCGCCGAGCCCGACGCUUCGUCACUCUUCCCUGCACCAUUUCGAGUGACAGGCAAUAGAGACCGCGUGAGCCAGCAGAUCCAGAUCAAACUCGGCGACUACAGGCUCGCUCAGACUUUGCUCGACGACCCUAGCAAAUCCAUAGGAAUAUGCGCCGAGCCCCCCAGCCCUGCUCCCUGUCACCCGUCUCGACGCGAGAAUGAAUUCAAAAAGCCCGCCAACGCACUUCAGAACGGUCGAGUACACCAUCGUCCCUAUGUUUAUAAUAAGAGCGAGGGGCUUAAUUCCACCGGUGCGUCUGCGCAUCGACCGCCCCCCUUACGGAUACCCAACGGCACUCAAUCUCAAAAUAAUAUCGACAGCAGCCAACCGCAUAUAGAAAGUAUAUUAAAGGAAAUGAAGUCGCUACCAACUCCCUUGACAUUGAUAGCGGCGACGCCGACGAAGGAGCUGGAGAACAAGUUCAUCUUCAACCCCUACACCAACAAGGUGCAAGAAAAUCCUCAGCUAACCAACAACGAGAAUAAGACAACGCCUACCAAACCCGGCUUAGACAACCGGAUAUCAAACUCAAGAAGUUCUGUUUCACCUAACGUGGUGAACAAAGACCUCGGAUUGUCAGAGAGCGACGACGAGGUCGCCGCCACCACCACAAGGCUUGAACCUAUCCUAUCACCGAUCGGCUCGGGCGGUAGUCCGAGUUCAGGCAGCGAGUCUUCCCCCUCCGACUCGGAAUCCGAGUCCUCCUCCGCGGAGUCCAGCAACGGUGCAGUACCUCCGCCCGCGCCCGCGCCACCUCCCGCACAACGGCCCUCCUGGAGUCUCUCGAACUUCGCCCCGCCAGCCGCACAUCCGCCUGGCCACGCGGACCUUAGCAAUGUCCUGGCAGAAGCGAAGGGAAAGCCGAGUCCAAUCUCGGAGUUAUCAGACUCAGAGGCGUCGUCGCCAUCUCCUGGCACCAGGAGAAGAAGGUCCCUCGCAAAUCGUAUUUCCACUGCGUCGAGUGACGACGAAGCACCCAGACCGAAUCCAGCGCGUACACACACUUCCCCAAAUAUUGCGGCGGCCAUAGCUAACGGCUCACAGAGCUCCGGCGUGAAGCGGGGUAGGCCUCCAAAACUUCGCAACUCAGAGGAACGGCCCGCCAAGAAGAAGCGAGGCCGGCCUCCCAAGACGAGACCCCCGUCCCCCGCGCCCGACAGCGAACCUGAACCAGAGCCUCCUCAACCACAUCCACAUCCUUUGCAAGACACCAAAACUCACAUCUUCCGCAAGGUUUUUACGCCAAAAAAGGGAGACGAGUGCGGGGGUAAAGGUGGCAAGGGUGGCAAGGGAAAAGGUGGAAAGGGUAAAGGUCAAGUGACCAUUAUUGAGUCCGGCGCCGACGAUGACGACAGGAGGCACCGGGAUCGUUCAGCAGAACGAAGAAACGAGGAGGCGAUCGCGAGAGUGUCACCUCCGCAAGAACCAGAAACCCUUACUAGGAAACGAGAGGCAGAACGAGUGGCUCACGAGAGGAUACAGGAAAGAGUCUCGAUCGAAAGGCCCGACCAUCGCCGCCCCGACGACAGAAUAUCAGACCGAAUCACAGAACGAACGUCGAACGACCGAAUACCCGACCGAACGGAUCGGUUACCCGAGAGACGUUCGAGCGAUCGGCUGCCCCCUGACCGACUCUCACUCACGGACCGGUUACAAGAAAGACUAUCCAACGACCGACUAUCCGAACGAUCAGAACGGUUGUCGGAUCGUUCCUCACUUUCUACUAGCGAUAGACUAUCUUCAGACAGGAAAUCAAACGAUCGACUAUCGGGUGAUAAAAUGCUGAUCGAUCGAAUACCUAUAGAAAAAAUGUCCAUCGAUCGGUUGUCCGGAGACAAGUUGAUGCCGAACGAUAAAAUGGAUCGGUUGUCAAAUCAAUUGUCGCAUGAUCGGUUAUCGAAUGAAAAGAUUUCCCAUGAGCGAUUAUCAAGCGACAAACUGUCGCAUGAGCGGCUAUCUAGCGACAAAUUGACGAUAGAUCGCCUUUCUGGGGACAAAUUACCGUUGGAGAGGGUGGAAAGAAUUGCGCCGGACCGAUACGUUCGAGCCGAAGCGGACGUUGGCUUCGUUCCGAAUUCAUUAUCGAACGGCGAGCGCGUGUCCCGCGGGCGCUCCAUGUGCGUGGUGAGCGUCCCGCUGAGCCGCCUGCGCGCCGAGAUCGUGCGCGCGCUGCAGCGCCCGCCGCGCCGCGCCGCGCCGCCCGCGCCCACGCCGCCCACGCCGCCCGCCGACCACACGCUGGAGACGAGCGGCGGGAGCCUGGCGAGUCUCGGCGGCCUCGAGCGAGCGGAGCGCUGCGCGGGGCGAACUCCCAUCUACUACUCGUACUUCGAGCGCCUGCCGGCCGACGCGCUCUCCGAUGAGGAACGAGACCACAAGUACUACCUGGGCGAGGCCAAGCGGCUGCGCACGGCGGCCGAGCGCGAGCAGGAGCCGCUGGCGCGCGUGAUGCUGUACCUGGAGUCCGUGCUGUGCUUCGUGCUGACGGGCCGCGUGCUGGAGCUGGAGCUGGACACCAAGCGCGCCUUCACCAUCUACCGCGAGACCAUCGAGUACAUUAAGUCCAUCCACUCCAUGCCGCAGCGGUUCCGCGCCUCGCCGCACUCCACCUUCAGCAAGCUGGACAUCCUCAGCCUCCGAGUGCAGGCGCUGCUGUACCUCCGAAUGUUCAAAAUGUACAACCGCGAAGUGAGAGAGUACAACAAAAUCGUUCAGGAAUAUCAACAGAAGUCCUUGUCGUUCCAGCCGGCUUGCGCAGAAGCGGUGUCUGCGGCGUCGGCUAUGUCGGCGUCGUCUGCGAGGUCGGCCUCCCCGAUGUCGCCGUCCCCGUCCCCCGCCGGUUCCGUGGGCUCCGGCUCCGGUUCCGGCUCGUCUGGGUACUGCUCGCUGGCGCACGCCGUGCCCGCCGGCUCCGGCUCCGGCUCCGGCGCCGGCUACUGCCCCAUGGCGCACGCCGUCCCCGCGCACGCGCACCACGCGCUGCUGCAGCUCACCAAGUACUACACCUUCCUGUACGUCGCGCACGACUUGUGGGAGCAAGCCGACAGCCUGUGCAGGCUCCGACCCAACCAAGACCUGUUCAUCGCGGUGGACCGCAAGUGCGGGCCGCUGACGCUGUUCUCCACGUUCCGGCACCUCGUGCAGUACGUGCGGCACGCCAUCUCGCUGCUUAAGAACGCGCCGCGCGAGUGACGCGCCGCCGCAUAGCCCGGCCAGCGCCGGACCGGGCCGGGCCCGCGCCGGACCGGGCCGCGCCCCGUGCUCUACACUUUGGAGUGAUGCGUGGAAUACUUUGUAUAUUCAUAGACAAUUUGACAGCGAAGAGGAAUAAGUUCACGCCAGGAUUCAAAGAUAAUAUUUAAAUUAUCAGCGCAGUCCGGCACUUGAAAAGUAAUAGAAUCGUUUAUACCGACCGCUCUAUUUUGUACAUGUCAUUACCCAAAUCGGUAACAAGACCACCACGUAAUAAGUGAGAUACAGACACAUCACAGGAACCAAUUUAAAACCGUCAUCCGGAGUUUGAUAUAUACUUAAACCCAUAUAACGGAAUAAUUUAGUAUAAGAAGUUUUUUGUUAAAACUAAAGAUUUUUUUUUAAUUGAUAAAUUUUUAAUGGAAUCGGUUAUAUGUUAUGUGUAUUUAAUUACCUAAAUUGGUUUCAAUUAGUAUCUUAAGCUUAACUGCUAGAUUACAACAUACGAUUGAUCUUCCAGAUAUAACAUUAAAAGGCCUAUACUUAAACAUUACAAUAAAACCUUCACGCUCAUACUCUUAACUAUCAUUGAAUAUACAAAUUCAAACGUUAUUAAUCAUCUUUUUCGAACACUGAUACUGUAAUUGUUUUUUUUUUUUUAAUUCCACACAGCAAUGACAAAUUGUUAAUUGAAUUUGGCUCACAAAUAAAUAAAUUUAAAACUGAACGAUUAUAAAUAUUUAUAUUAUUAAACAUAAAUUUAAAACAUUAAACAUUUUGUAAAGAAAUUGAAUUUAUUUGAUUUUCGAAAUGUUUUUUUUUUCAAAUAAUACAAUAGAUGAUUACGCAAAAUAACGGCUGAAUGUUUUAGGAAAUAACUAGAAUGAAAUACCAACAAACAAUAUUAACAGUGUAAAAAAUUAACGAUUUUGUUAGUCAUGUUUGAUAUCGAGAGGGUAGCCAGUCACUAAAAUCAUAACUUCAAAUAUUAUAGUAAAAAGUUUUAAGUUUCAAAAUUUAAAAAUUAAAUAAUUUUCAGUUUGAUGGACAUAUUUGUAGCAUAUAAAUAGAAUAUUUAAUGAUCAUUAAAAUGUUUCUAACAAUAGUUACGCAUUCAAUAAUAAACAAACCAGAAAAUUAAUUGCGCCAUAAUAUUGUUGUAUGUAAACACUACGAUUUGCAUAACGUCUUCCGAAUAUAAACAAUUUGUGAAGAUUAUGUUUGUCCGCCAAAACGAUCACUUUAAAUGUCCAUUAAUUAUUAUCUCGUUCCAUUUUUAAAUAGUGGAGACUAGAUAGUGAACUCUCCAAUCUAGAGACAUGACGCGUACCACAGAUAAUAAAAAUACGAGUUAUACAACGGAUCGAAGAGGUUUCUUCACGUCGUCCGUUAACGCAUCUAAGAAUAUAAUACUGUUUAAUGUAAAUGCGCGGUUACAUUUAAUAAGAUUAGUAGUACGGCACUCGCAACGUUAAAUUUUAUUUUUUUUAAUUUAUGUAAGUAAUUUUUUUUUAUUGAUUGCAAGUUGGAUGUGAUGUAAUAUAACAGAUUAUAAGGUUUAAUUUUAAUUAUUAAUUAACGUUGUAUUAUAUUAUAUUACGUGUAUGAUAAAUAUGUGUUGUAUAAUAAUUAAAAAUAAUUAAUUAUUUAAUGAGCAACUUUGACACUAAGUUUCGAUAAGAAUGCGUGAUAAAUUACUAAUCGAUUACAAUCAAACCGGUUCAUUAAAAUCAUUCGUUAAUCGAUUCUAAGACAAGUUAUUUGAAUACUAGACUUAUUUAAUUAGAUAAGUUGAAAUAUAUUUUGAAUCGAUUUUUACUCGAUUAGAUCUGCUAGAUUCCUUUAACAAAUUAAAUUGCAUUCAUCGUGUAUAGAUUGAACAGGAAAUUGCUACGUGUUAAAUAACAGUUUCAUUAUGGUUUUAUAAAGAAAUAUAAUUUAUUAAAUUAUUUUCAGAUGAAUGAUGCAAUCCGCGAUCAAAUUUAAUUUAAAAAAAAAAAAAAAAAACGAAAUUUAGUUCAAAAUGAAAAUCUUCCGUUUUGUAUUUUGUAAUUUAUUAUUAUAUUAAUAUUUCGGAUAUUACUUAAUACGAAUCAAAAUCGACUGCCAAAAAGUGACAAAUUUGUCUUCGCAUCUUCACUUCCCAAGAUGAUGACCAAAAAACGAUGUAUAAAUUGUAAAUAAUUCGUCGCAAAGCGACACACGCGGGUCGACGGUUCGCCGAACGCCGAACUAAUAUUAAGUGAUAGAAUAGCCAUAUCUUAAAUGGUUUUGUUCGUUACGUCUUCGUAAAGGUAUUGACCGCGAACGGUUACCGGAAGGUGCUUCGAACCUCGCGACGUUAGGCGAACGCUCUACACGGGUGGUAACAGUACGGUGACGGUGGACGGUCGCGCGGUGCGAGGCGCCACUCGCUAGCUGUACGACAACCUCGAGCGGGCCAACCGAGUAAUAUCUCCAAAAUGAUGGGAUCAUGUAGUACUUUGCAAUAAUUUUCGUUUUAACUGUCGCUUUUACGGAGUGAAUAUAUAUAUUAAUAUAAUCUUCUAUCGGUUAGGGGUACGGAAAUGGUUUUUGUAUUAUAUUAUCCUGUCGAUAGCGAACAAAUUAAUCGUUAUAUCUGAACAAUAUCCGAGCAAAUGUGCCUCUCAGUGACGUCACAUUCGAUAAUUUUUUAUAAUACAUAUCAAUUUCAACGGUGGCGGUAGAUCGGUUUUAGUUAUAUCGUGGCAGACACAAAUGAUAGUAUAUUUGGGAAGACAAUAAUGUAAGGAAUCCAUUUAGUGGGCGAUAGUCUAGAGCGGGCUAGGUUUGACUCGUAAACGUAUUCCUGGAGGUGUGACUACUAUUGAAUAUUUUUUAAACGAAUGAAUUGUAACGAUUUUAUUAUCGUUCAUAUAUAAAUAAAUUCUUCAACAAAAUCAAUAACACCAAAUUAUCUUUCGCUCGGUUGUUUAUCAAAUUUAAGUUGUGACUGUAAAUACAUUAUAUAUUAUACAUUUUGUAAUGAUAUACAUGUUAGUGCCAGAUAGGUUUUUGUAUGGACGUUUAUAGUAAGGUUGUAGCUUGUUCGUCCGUUUGUCGCGACGAUAACGCCUUGCCGAUAUUUUUCGUUAUUCAGAAACGAUGAUAAAAAAAAUUAGAUCUACAGCGGUUCUGUAAAAAUAUAUCGGAACGUAUUUUUACAUGGCAAUGUACCGCUUAUAAUUAUCGCCGCGACAUCUGGCAACACUGUCGCGUUCGAGUGCGAACACAAAACGCAAUGGACAAAAUACAAAACUUUGUAAUGUUGUUAAUAAAACGCGAGAUGCCUUGUACAUAGUAUAAUGUAAGAAAUGUGUAGUUUUCACUCUAUAUUUUAAUUUAUAUUUAAACUAUAUUUAUAGACAAGACGAGAUCAUAAUAAUUAAUAAGAAAUUAUAGUGAGGGAGCGUGACGAGGCCUGGCGUGCGAGUUGACGGGAUGGCUGGGCACGGCACAGGAGUACUGUGCGCGGCACAGGAGCUUGCAGCGUUCAGUCUAUUAGUGUACGUAGUUUAUUAAUUAGCACGCGGUUUGGGCGAUUCCGUUUAUAUUACCUUAAGCCAGUUACCUGCCGCGGAGACACGUCGUCGAACCUGAAGCGAUAACGCGCUUAGCAUUCUUUUAAUUCAUUCAACAUCGGUACUUACGAUUCGCACAAAUUAUUUAUAUAUAUAUUUAAUAUAUAUAUAUAAUUUUUUUUUUAAUUUUGUUAUUUAUUAUGACAUGUUUAAUUUAUUGUACUGCGCACGAAGCGAAGUUUACUUAAUUGCGUUCGAGUCGGCGGGCGGUUUUAUUUACUUUUUAUUUUUGACAUGUUGUGUAUAAUUCGUUCUGUAAUUAUUUAUUUUUAUUCAAAAUUCCUUGUUUAAAUAUCAUCUCGUUCAGAAACUCGCGAAAAUGUACUUUGAUUUUUGUUAACGUUCUUAGUUUAUAAUUUGAUUUAUCGAGAUAAAUAUUACAAUUUGUUGCUUAUUUAAUUUUAAGGCUAAUGAAUUUAUGGCAUCGGAAUUACAAUUAAAUAUGAUCAAGUGCCCUUUGUAAUCUGCAAUACGAUUAAAAUAAGGUACAGAUAAUUAAAAGUUUAAUGUUAUUUAGACAAAUAGAUUAAUAGUACAGCCUAAGCUAUGGACCUUAGCGUUCCUUUGUAUUGUAAAGUUACCUCAUAAUGUAUUUCGCACACGAGUCGUUCACCGACGGACUUCGGAUCACAAUUAUUAUGUUCAAUUUAAAUAAAAAUGAACCCGAAAAUUGACGCCAAAAUCUUAUCGACGAUUUUUAUAUUUUAAGGAGUAAUGUGAACGCCGGUUACGAAGGCUAGGCGAUUGUUUUAGGUAAAUUGUAAAAUACUGUUUUUUUUUUUCAUUUUUUUUUUCUAAGUAGCAUCUUGUGUUGAUAGCGUGUAUAAUUUGUUUUUUUUUUUUUAUAUUAACGUUAAGAGAUAUGUAUAAAUUUGUUUUCCUUUAAUUUUAUUAUUUGUAACUAUACCCUAUGUUAUUGAUGAUAGAAUACAUUAAUUUUUAUGUAUAGUAUA